AUGAAAACGAUUUUGAUUAGAAUGUUAGUGAUAUUUAAGUCACUGUAAGUAGGAUUUGGAUUUAGAUCUUUUGAAAUUGAUUUUAAUCCUAAAAUUUACUAAAAAUCUUGUCCAACAUAUAAUCAGUAUUGGCCAGGAAUUCAUCCUUAUAUGUGUGCAGGUAAUUAUUAAUUCAUAUAAAAAUAGGGACUGUAUCUACUUGUUAUGGAAUAGCAUACCCAACAUAAAUUAUACAUGAUGGUUAUGAAGUCUUUUGUCAUCCUUAGAUAUAAGGAUAUAAUUUGUAUUAUAAUAGCGAAUAUUUUACACAUUUAGCUAUAGGUCCUUCUGUUCUGAUAUAUAAUGUUGAUCAAAAUGAAAACAUAAUAAUAACUACAGAAUAUCUCAAAUUGUUAUAUUAUUGUAUAAUAGGAUAAAAAUAUAAUGGAAUUUAUAAAUGUUAAUAUUGCAAUGGAGUAAAUGUUGGAGUAAAUUGUACAACUUCUCCAUAUCCAGUACCAGCACUACGUAUAAUUUAGAAUAAAAUAAAAAGCAUGUGGUUAGAAUUGUUUAACAUGUUUGUAUAAGUAAUUCGUUACAUGCUAUGCUUGCAUAGAUGGUUAUUCACCAUUAAAUUCAGAAGACUUCUAUUGUUCAUUAAGUAUCUAUUAUUUUUGAUUUAAGAAUGCCAGACUGGUGGGAGAUAAUGUUCAGAAAAUUCAGAUGGAUAUUCAGUUCAAAGUUGUUUAGAUGGUUAUGAAUUGUUAGAUGGAUAAUGUGUUGGUAUAAUUUAAAUAUUUAAUUUUAGAAUGUCCAAUAAUUAAUUGUAAAGUAUGUACUUUAGGAGUUUGUUCAGAAUGUAAGUGGCCUUAUUCUCUAAAAUUUUAAUAAUGUUUUGUAGAUUGGAAUUGCAUGAAAUAAGAUUAUGUUUAUAAUGAUGAAGGAUUACCUAUAGAUACUGAUUGUCUACAAUGUGAUAUAGGAUAUUUUAAAAAAGGAACUAAAUGUAGUUGUAAUAAUAUUGCAAUCAUAUUUUAGUUUGUUAAGAUGAAAUAGGAUUAGAGAAUUGUUUUAUUUGUAAAAAUGAAAAUGAAUGUAUAAGUUGUUUUGCAACCCAUUAUUUAACUGUAGAUAAAAAGUGUGAACCAUUUAUUGAAUGUAAUGAACCAUGUUUAGCAUGUUUGGCCACAGAUCCAAAUUAUUGUACAAUUUGUGACCAUAAAUAAAAAUUUUUAACUGCUAGAAUAGUUCCAGGAUAAUGUGUUUGUGAUGCAUACGAAGGUUACGCAGAAUUAAAUGGAGAAUGCAUUUAAUUUUAAAGUGGAUAUUGUUAAACUUGUGAUUUAAAAUUUGAGGAAUGUUUAUCAUGUAGUGCAACAAGAAACAGAGGAUUAAUAGGAAAAAGUUGUCCAUGUUUAUUAGGAUAUUAUGAUACAGGAUUAGAAGAUAAGAUUUGUUAGAGUAUAUAUUAUAGAUAUAAAAUAUAAAGAAUGCUAUUUUUCAUGUUAUAGUUGUUCAGGAACAUCUGAUAAUGAAUGUACAGAUUGUGGAGAUCCAAAUAUAUAUAAAAAAUAAUUGAUUGGUGGAAAAUGUUUAUGUGAUGUUGAUUAGGUAGAAAGAUUCUUAAGUAAUGGACUAACAUAAUGUUAAUGUAAUAAUAAUAAUAUUAUGAUUUAGCUUGUCAUCCUAGAUGUGAAAAAUGUUAAGCUUUAGAUAAUAAUUCAUAAAGUUAAUAGUGUACUAUGUGUAGAAGUGGUUAGAAUAGAAUAGUAUCAGAUGAAUUGAAUUGUGAAUGUAAAGAAGGAUAUGGAGAAGAUGGAAUAGUUGAUAUUUGUUUUAGUAACUCAAUGUUUAAAGUUUUAGAAUGUCAUUAUUCAUGUAUUAGUUGUAAUGGACCAUUAUUUAAUAAUUGUACUAAAUGUUCUAGUGAAUCUAAUAGAUAUUUAACAUUAUAAAAUGAAUGUAAAUGUAAUAGAGCAUAUUUUGAUAAUGGAACUAAUGAUAUAGUUUGUUAUUGUACUUAUAUAGAAUUUAAUAUUUAGUGGGUUGUCAUAAUUCUUGUUUAGAUUGUAAUAAUCCAGCUGAAGAUUAAUGUACUAGUUGUCCAUCUACAAGAUAACCUGAUAGAAUUGGAUCAACAUUUAAAUGUUUAUGCAAGGAUUCACACUAAUUUAGCAAUGAAUCCUCAUUAGAAUGUUUAGAAUGCCAUUUUACAUGUAAAACAUGUAAUGGACAAUAUAUUACUAAUUGUUUAUCUUGUGAUAUCAAUUUUAGAUAAUUAAUAUUUACUAGAUGUAAUUGUAAUGAUGGAUAUUAUGAUAUAGGUUAAUUAUAAUGUUCUAGUAAAUUUAUUAUUAUUAUUAUUUAUAGAAUGUUAUUAUACAUGUACUACUUGUUAUGGUCCCGAAUUUGAUAAUUGCAUCUCAUGUUCUACUGUUAAUAAUAGAAUUGUUAAAGCAAAUUAAUGUUUAUGUAAAGAUGGACAUCUAGAAAAAUAAUCUGGAGAUUUAGUAUGUUCAUGUAUUUACAUUAUUUAAAUAUAUUAUCAUAGCAUGUUCAUAUCGAUGUGCCUCAUGCACUGAUUAUAUUGAUAAGUGUGAUUAAUGUCCAAACUACUCAUUCAGAGAUCUAGGAUCUGAUAAUUCAUGUUUAUGUCCACUUAAAUAUUAUGAUGAACCAGGAAAUCCUAUUUGUAUUCGUAAUUAUUUAUUUUAUCAUAGCAUGUCAUUAUAGUUGUUUAACUUGUAAUGGCAUUCAAUCUAAUUAAUGUAGUACUUGCUAUACUUAUCUUAAAAGAUAAAUAGAUAAUUAAAGUUAGUGUUAAUGUGUUUCAUAAUACUUUGAUAAUGGUUAAGCAGAAUGCCAACGUAUAUAUUAUUAAAAUAUUAUUAUUAGCUUGUAGUAUUUAUUGUUUAGAUUGCAAAUAAUCUUAUGAUAAUUGUACUUCUUGUAAAUCAGAUAAGUAUUUAGAAGGAACUAUAUGCAAAUGUAAAACUAAACUUUAAGGAUAUUUCAUAUCUACAUAUUUAAAUUAAUUUAAGACUAAAUGUUAACGUAAGAAAUAAAAAAUAUAUUAUAUUAGCUUGCCAUUAUACAUGUUUAACUUGUACUGGACCUUCAUCAGAAGAAUGUGAUUCUUGUUGGGAUUAAGAUAAUAGAAUUUAAUAAGGAACAACUUGUGUUUGUAAUUCAAAUUCAUUUGAUAAUAACUAACCAAAAUGUUCUUGUAUAAACUAUUAUAAUUUAUAAUAGAAUGUAAUUUUGGUUGUCAAACUUGUGCAAUAACAGAUAACUUUUGUUUAUCAUGUCCUCCUUUAAGUUUAAGAGUGUUAAUUUAUUAAACAUGUUAAUGUCCUGAAGGCUAUUUUGAUGAAGGAACUAAUCCUAUUUGUUAAAGUAAUAUUUAUAUUAAUUGAUAGAAUGUCAUUAUUCAUGUAAAACUUGUUCUUCAAAAGCUACAAAUUGUAUUACAUGUUCAAUAACAUCAAAUAGAUAAUUUAUUAGUAUUUUAAAUUCUUGUAUUUGCAAUAAUUAUUAUUAUGAUGUUGGAGUAGAUGUUUGUUAAUAAUGUCAUUACUCUUGUUUAAGUUGUUUAGGUUAAGAAUCUUAUUAAUGUAAAACAUGCCAUAAUUAUAACCUAUCUUAUAGAGUUUAUAAUGGAGGAAUAUGUUAAUGUAUUAUGGGUUAUUAUGAUGAUGAAAUAUCUGCUUAUUGUAAAUAAUGUUUAGUUUAAUGUUUAACAUGUUAAUAUUAUUCAUAUAAUUGUACUUCCUGUUCAAACACUAGACAUUUAAAUGGUAAUACGUGUGAUUGUGAUUUACAUCAUUAUGAAUCAGGAUAAGAAACAUGUGGCAAAUGUGAUGAAAAUUGUUUAAAUUGUAAAAUUAAUCCUUAAUAUUGUACUGAAUGUGAUUUAACAUAAUUCAGAGUUUUAGAUAAUAUAACUAAUUAAUGUAUUUGUUAAAUUGGUACAACUGAUAUUAAUGGAAUUUGUUAAUCAUGUGAUAUUUCAUGUUAUACAUGUUUACAUUCAUUAACAUUUUGUACUUCCUGUGAUAAAUUAAAAUACUUAUAAAACAAUUAAUGUUUUUGUGUUGAAGGUACUUAUGAAAUUGAAAUCAAUAAAGAAUGUAAAUUUUGUAGCAAAACAUGUUUAACAUGUAUUAAUAUAGAUAAUCAUUGUUUAUCUUGUUCAUCAGAUGAUUUUAGAAUCUUAUAAACUGGAAAUUAAUGUGUUUGUUAAGAUGGAUAUUUUGAAGAUUAAUCAUAAUAAUGUUAAAAAUGUGAUAUAUCUUGUCUAACUUGUGAAAGUACUUCUAAAUAUUGUUUAUCAUGUGAUCCUUUUUUAAAUUUAUAAUUAUCUUAUAAUAAUUUAUGCAUUUGCCAGCCUAAUUUUUAUUUUAAUAUUCAAACAAAAUAAUGUGAAGGUAAAUAAAAUUAAAUAAAUUACAAUAGUUUGUAAUAUAACAUGUAAAGAAUGUGAUAAUGCAUUCUAAUGUUUAGAAUGUGAAUCUAUAACUAGAUAUUAUGAUCCAGAAAGUUUAAAAUGUCCAUGUAAAGAUGGAUUUUAUGAAACUAAUUAAAAAUAAUGUUAAUGUAAUAUAUAUUAUUUAUAAAAUAUAUAGAAUGUGACAUAACAUGUUAAACAUGUAUAAAUCAAUCAACAAAAUGUUUAACAUGUGAGUCUAUAUAUUUUAGAAUCCUUAAUAAUUCUAAUUAAUGUCUUUGUAAAGAAGGAUACUAUGAUGUUGGAAUUGAAAUGUGUUAAAAAUGCAAUAAUUUAUGUAAGACUUGCUAAAUAACUUCAACUUCAUGUAAAUCUUGUUAUGAAGUUGAAUAAAUUAGAAUAUUAAAUGGGAAUUAAUGUCUAUGUUAACCUGGAUAUUUUGAUCAAGGAUAAAUCAUUUGUGAAAGUAAUUUCUAUUUAUAUUCAUAGAAUGUUCUAAAUCAUGUUUGACAUGUUAAGGGUAGAAAUAUUAUUGUACAAGUUGUGAUAUUAGUCAAAAUAGAAUAGAUUAAUCUCCUAUUCAUAAAUGUCCAUGUUUAUCAAAUUUUUAUUAAGAUGAGAAUGAAGUAUGUCAAAGUAUUAUUUGUUAUUUUAAUUUAAGAAUGUCAUAUAAAAUGUGCUGGUUGUAUUAGCUCAAGAGAUAAUUGUUUAAGUUGUUAAACUUCUUAAACAUCUUAUCGAUUAACAAUCACUUAAAAUUGUAACUGUAAAGAUGGUUAUUUUGAUGAUGGAAUAUAAUUUUAAUGUUAAAAAUGCAAUUAUCAAUGUAAAACUUGCAUAUUAACACCAUCAAAUUGCAUAAUAUGUCAAACUAGUCUAAGAUAAGGACCUCCUGUUUGUGCAUGUAAAUCUGGAUAUUUUGAAAGUGAAUAAAAAGUUUGUGAAUGUAUUCAUUUUAGAUUUUUUUAGAAUGUGAUAAUUAAUGUAGUACAUGCGAAAAGUAAUCAUCAAAUUGUAUAAUUUGUAAAGGAGGUAGAAUAAAUAAAUAAUGUGAUUGUUAAGAUGGAUAUUUCGAAGCUGGAUAACAAGAUUGCAUUUGUAAUUAUAUAUAUUAAAUACUUUUAAGAAUGCGAUUUUAAAUGCUUUACAUGUAAAUAUAAUCAAUCAAAUUGUUUGGUUUGUAAGGGAAAUCGUAUUAAAGAUCCAAUUUGUAAUUGUGAAGAUGGAUUUUAUGAUGAUCAUCAAAGCAUAAAUUGUCUAAUUUGUGAUGAGAAUUGUAGAACUUGUACUUUAGAAGGAUGUUUAACUUGUCAUGAUAACAGAAUUUUAUCAAAUGAAAAUACAUGUGAAUGUCCUUAAAAUUCAAUAAGCCAUCCAAAUACUUAAUGGUGCUCAAGUAAUAUAAUAUUUUGAAUAAUUCUAGAUUGUGAAAUAGCUGUAUUAGAUAUUCGAUUAUCUGAUGAUUUGUUAUCAAUCAUUGUUGGAUUUGAUUAUCCUUUAAACCCAAAUUAUUUUUAAAUUUAAACUUUUGGAAAUAUUUGCUUCAAUUUUUUAGCUGAUUAAACACUUAAUUUAUUAGGAAAUGAUCCUUUUUGUUUUUUAAAUUAAGAUGAUAAUAAAUAUUUAAUUUUCUAAUUAGGACAUAAUUCUAAGAUAAUUCCAGGAGAUUAAAUAAUAUUUUUGAGUAAUACAUUUGGCCAUAUUGACUGCUAAAUAAAAAUAAGCUUAUUUAUUUAUAAUUAAGUUUAAUUUCCUAUUAAUCCAGUAUCACCUUAAAUAGAAUAUGAAAUACCUUAAUAUUUGCUGAAUCCAUGUGAAGAUAAUUUAAUUUUAUAUAAUUCAACCAAAUAAGAUGGUUUCAGAAGUUUAAUAAAUAUAUCAUGGUCAUAUUUAAUAGAAGGGUUAAAUGGAUAAGGUAAUCUUGAUGAAUUUGUUUAAUAUCAAACUAUUCUUCAAUAAUUACAUCUAAUUAUUCCACUUUAAACACUCCCAAAACAAUCAAAAAUAACAUUUUAUGUUGAAUUUGAAAAUUUUGUUAAAUAAAAGGCUUAAUAAUAAAUUGUUAUUUAAACUCAUUCUGGAUAGAUUCCUUCAGUGUUUUUUUAAAAGAAGAAAAAAUAUUUUACUUUAGAACGAAUAGUUUUGAUGUUUAAUAUAUAGAAAAAAGAUUGUCUUGGUACAAUUAACAAUGAUUAAUCAGGAUAUUAGGUGUCAUUAUUUGAAAUUUAAAGAAAUGAUUCAAAUUCUAGAUCAUCAAGAGUUAACUUUUCUUAAUUAAUUAGCCAGAAUUAAUUUAAUGUAACAAUUUAAAAAUAUACAUUAACACCUAAAACGACAUAUACAUUUUAAAUGAUUACUUAAGAACCUUCAACUAAUAUUUAAAUUGAUAAAAAUUUUACAAUUGAUAUAGAAGCAAUUGGUAUAAAAUGUUUGUUUAAUGGUACUAAAAAAAUUCAAAAUUAUAGAAAAGAUUUAAUUAUUAGUAUAUAUUGUAGAGAUUUUGAUACUCUUUAUGAAUGGAAUUAAGAUCCAGGUAUAAUAAUCUAAGUUAGCUGUUUAGAUUUAACUUAGGAUACUGCUUGUAAAGAUUUAAAUAAAAAGAUAAUUAAUGUAAAUAAAACAGAUUCCAUUUAAUUUAUACCAAAACUAACUGUUAAACCAUUUAGUAUAUGGUCUUGGACUGUAGUAGCAUUAAAAUAAAAAAAUGAAUAUUCCUUUAAACAAAAUAUUAUUUUCUUAGAUGAUGAUUUUAAAUUUCUUGAUGUCAAUUUUAGUUUAGGAUACAUUAUAAGACCAAUCAACAAUUAUGAAACUUUGCAAUUUGAUUAUAAUAUUCCAUUUGAAGAUAGGUAUAAUUUAUUAUUAUAUUCAUUGGCUUUGAUAUAUGAUUUUUAAUUAGUAAAGAUACUUGAACCAUAAUAUGCUAAAUAUCAUUUUAGAUUAUAUGAUCAUUUUUAAUUUUUUAAUAAAGGAAAUUAAAUAAAUGUUAAAUUUUUGGCUCAAUUUACAAACAAUAUAAUACCUAGUUCAUAUGAUAUAUAAUUAACAUUAAAUUAGCCUCCAAAUUGUUAAAUAAAUUUAAGUUCAAAAACUGUUUAAGCCUUAAAAUUAAUAAAAGCUGUUGCAAAUUGUUACUUAUCAGAUGAUUCUCCUUUUUCUUAUUAAUUAAGAUUUUUUUUAUUUGAAUAAGACUAUAUAGAUUUUAAAAAUAGUUAAUCAGAUUAUUCCUUGAUUCUUUAUAGUUUUUAAAGAUCUAAUUUGUUUGACAUUUAUUUACCUGAAAGUGUAGGAGUUGCUCUUAUAUAAAUUAUGGAUGAAGGAGGCUCAAUGUCAAAUGUUGAAUAGUAUUUGAAUAUAACAAAAUCUUAUUAUAAUUGCUCAGAUUUACUACAAAAUAAUCUUAAUUUUAAUUAAUUAAUCAUACUUUUACUUGAUAUUAAGAAAAAUCAUCAUAAUGAACCAAAUUGUGCAUAAUUAUCUAUAAGUUUAAUAGAAAUUGUAAAGAAAUAUUUAGAUUCAGAAGAACUAUUUGAUUAAAUAUUAGCUAUUUAGAACAAUAAAACUUGUCAAACGAUUCACAAUUUAAAUAGAAAAUUUAAUUACUACAAAUAGAUUAUUAACUUAAACUGA